AGGAAAACGGACCGGAUAUCUGUGUGUAACAUAUUCCCAAGGAGAUUCAACUCAAGGCGGGGUCGUGCACAGAAUUAAAUCACUGAUUAAGGUUAUAUCAUUUCUCCUUUUUGUUGUGAUACGGGCGCUUCCCACUCUUCCCUCUCCAUUGGAUCACUUGCUGAAUAUUGCAUUGCUUCUUGUUGUACAACGCUCUUACUUCUUCAAAUCUUUCCACCUCGUUUUAUUUUCUCCAUUUUGUUUCUUCUUUGGAGUUUGCAAGGAGUCCUUCAAGCUUCGAUAACGAGGCGGCUAUCGAAUACAGGAGUUUGUAGGCGACAAACUAUGAAUACAUCUACACAGAGGGAACUUCAAAACCAGGAGGACGCAUCAAGAAACCACUUGGUUGUCAAGCCAGUUGAAGAUAGAAUUAGUGGUUCAGGAAUGGCUUCUCUAACUAUCUUGGGUGAGGAGAUCAUGAAAGAUAAAUCAGGCCCAUCCAAUGACACACAAAUUGAGUCCGAGAGGGAUUUUAUUUCAGGUAUGCCACUUCAAUAUUUAUGGCUCAUUCUUUCUUCAAACUAACGUUCAAGCUCUUUCAGUCACCGGAUCGAGCCCGAGUCCUGCAUGGAGUAGUGAGAAUAACUCUGUUCUUUCUGAAAACGAAAAGUUCGAAGCAGCUUGUUACAGUCUCGGUAAGUUAAUACAUCCCCUGAAAAUGUUGAUGACGGCUCUAAUUUAUUCUCAUGGUCAAGAUAUGCUGGAUUUCUUCGAAAAACAAUGUCAUUCUUUGCAAAAGAGAUACAACUUAGAUCCAACAGUACCUGUUACAUCAUUCACUCUGUUUCCAUUCUUACCCGUCGAACUCCAGAGAAAGAUCUGGUUUUUUUGCUGCCACCACCCAGUGUUAUUUGGGCUGAAUUAGAAGCGACAGAUUAUUGUGAUGACAUGACCAAAACGGAGUUUUGUGUCAGACAUGCUCGUUCGGCAACAAAUUUUCCUGCGUCAUUACCAUCAUCCGUGUUACGUUCUGUAAACUAUCUCUCAAGACAGUUGUUUUUGGAGCAUUAUAGUUAUCUCAGAGUCACUGGCGAUGCCAAUAAAACGCUCCUCCUUUAUCCAGCCUGGGACGGUCCUCCUCGGUAUGUGCAGGUGAAAAGAGGACGUAAGCCAGAUGGAUUCUCGAAGGGGAUAGAGAGAUUGUGUCCUAAUCUCAAGAGACUCUUCAUUGUUCUCAACAAAACCCGAGCUACUCGCUACCCGUCCUAACCUAAAGAAUAUGGAUAUAGCAUGACUAACACUCAAUUUCUGGAUUUCAAUCAGAGCUUCAUAGAUCAGUUGAGAUAUUAUUGCCAAUGGGUUGAACCAUGCAGGUGUUACCCCAACAUCAAAUGGGAAAUUAGCGACAGCAGCAAGGACUGGUCGAAGGUUCUGCCGAAAACUGGUUCAAAUCAGGGUUACUGGAGCAAAGUGGAUGUUAAACCGGUAUGGACGGUUCGUACAGUUGAAUAUAGUGUAAGACGUCCUGGGAAUGAAAUUCCCGGCGCGUUUUUUUGGCGCUUGAGUUUAGUCGCUACAACAGACCACUUCAUUUGAGAUGUAAAGCGGAUGGCACAUUACCUGAUCAAUAUGAUCAAAUCAAGGAGCUUUUUGACGAUGAAGUUGGUGGUGAUGCUCAGUCUUCGGUUAAUGGAGAAGCACUCAUUGUCAUUGAUAAUGAUUAAUCAUCAAUCACUAUUUGCUGGCUCUGGAGACUUAUCACCAUCGUGAGGGUUAAAGGUGAUCUAGGCUAUAUCGAGAUUAUCAUUUUCAAUUUUGUGACAACUGAUACCCAGGUAGCUUGUCGCGCUCCUCGAUCUACACGUUUUCGGGGCUGUUUGGCCUUUUGGAGC